AUGAAACUAAACACUGUUGAUGGUUGGCAAAACUUUGUACCUGCAAAUGACAAGUGUGUACAAUAUACCUGUGAGAAGAUCAAUGGACAGCUUGUUACCAAGGAAACCAAGAGCACUUGUCCACCCUUUAACCCCUUGGACUGUGAACCCGGCACAGAGACAACUGACUCGAAUGGAUGCUGCAAAAGAUGCAAGCUGCGAAGCAUCUGUGAGGUCCAGAGUAAGCAGACAGUCAUCACUGUGAACGACUGUAAGAGCACGCAGCUGGUCAACAUGUCUUCCUGCGGGGACACUGUGGCAGCUCAUCCAUAUAUUCUGCAGCAGCUAACAGGAUGAUACACCAGUGUGAGUGUUGCCAAGAGGCC